UGCACUGUGCAGUAGUAACAUGCGUUUAUGUGCUAGAUCAGUGUUGAAGGGCAUUGGUGUUCUUAUAUUGUGGUCUCACCCCUAUUGAAGCAUUCAACACCAUUUUUUAUUAGGGCAGGUUGUUGUGAGUGCAUGUCUACGUGACAUAGGGUUUUGGAAAUAAAAAUGCUUAAAAAAAGUACGAACCUAAAAUAUAUAUUGAGUCUUGUACCGGGGAAAAGACGAUUUGGGACAUACCGAUUUUUGCCCUUGUUCUUUUGUAUCGGGGGUGUCAUGGAGUGGAUCAUGAUUAACGUGAGAAUAGGAAGAGAAACAUUUUAUGAUGUCUACAGAAGAAAGAGAUCAGAGAGGGAAUACCAACAGAAAAUUGAGGAGGGUUUGAUUGUUCUCGGUGAAUCUGAAGCCAAAUGAGAAUCUUUAACUUCAGAACAGC